AUUAUCACAUUAGGCAACAGAACAGUUUUGUUUCCUAGAGUGACCGAGUGGCCGUCUUCAAAACGCCGGUCAUUAUAUCUGUGUGUGGUCAGCGCUGGAGAACCUCCUAACAGACAAUCCAAUAGGUAGACCAGUAUGUACCAGAUGGAAGACAAACUUGAAAGUAAGAACAACCACAUCAGCAAUCAGGAAAGCACAAAGAAGCCAGAGAGUAGUCUCUUGACGGAGUGCCAGAUUUCUGAGAUUUUGAAGGUCUUGGAGGAUACGAGGCACGUGCUUGAUAAAUAUAUCGUCAUCUUUGAGGAAGAUCCAGUGGUUGAGGUCAACUCACGUAUAGUGUCCAGCUGGUGGGGUCGACACUGCUGGCCGGAGAAAAGAAGAAAACUCUACCGUUACAUUGCUAUAGUAACAGCCGGACUACAGUUCGCAGCUUUGAUUGUCAUCUCUGUCGUGGACUCUUGGCCUAAAGAAAAUAUUUCAGAGACAGACAUUUAUAUUGCCAGUAUCAGCAUCAUGUCCACUUUUCAGUUCUUCAGCUUCGUUCUUGUUGCCAUGACGACAGGUCACGUGAUUAAGCAGCAGUGUAAGCAGACUCUACACUUGUGGACAUUGACCCAGCUGUUCAUAGCCACCACAUUGUUCUUCACAGGUAUCUACUGUACAUCCAGCUUAGUCCAGGAAUCCUCUUGGCGUGUUCAGGACGGUGAUCACGUGGGGGGUACCUGCGGAGACAGCUGUGUGGACAGACAUCAAGUGUUCGUCCUCUAUUCCGUCUUUCUGCUUCUGUCCAUUUCUACGGCCACUCUUGCAGGGUACCCCUACGUCGCCACCAACACCUGGUUUAAUUCCGUACUAAUCUCAUUACAAAUGCUGCUCAGUUUCUAUUACUUUACUACUUUGGUGGGACUGGCCAUAGCACCCAAACUGACCCAGCUGACCAAAAGUUUACAAUCCAACUCCACGAAACCACAGCGUCGUUACUCCACGUUCAACACCACAUGUCGAAAUAGCAGCCAAGUCACCGACACGGUUGCCAUACGACCGCCUCAGAGGCGUCGCUCGACUCCGGAGAUGGACAACGUGAUGAGGCACUUGGGACUCCAACUCCAGCAGCAAUAUUUCAACACUUCUCAAAGUGAGGACAUUGCUAGCCAUUGCUGAACCUGAAACCCAAAGCGCUGGUCAACAUUCAUUCAUUUGUUUUUUAACGUAGUACUUGUCUUGGUGAUUAGUGUCAGACACUAGACUCGAUUCCAACACAGUAAUCGAUCCUGACACAUUACACACAUUACUCGAUUCCAACUUGCACGAUUCUUUUAGUAAGUCAUGUUACGAAAAUUGUAUGUUUCAAUAAAUUAUAAUGUACCCUUUUUUCCA